GCAGUGACACAACACAUACACCACGACCAUAUUCAAUGUAUACAAGUGUAAUAUCAGUUCAAACGGCUCAUCCGUGUGCAUAAACCUUCUGCCACUGUGUCUCUUAUUUCCCCCAUCGGUAAAACACUGUGGGCUAAAGGGCCGACAGUCCUGUAAUCCACUGCGGUGGAAGCUCGUAAUCCCAACCGAUCACACGUCGAGAUUACCAAACAUGUGGGAGGGCCACAGCUUCCGAUAGGACGACGAUGGGAGAGAUUGAGCUCAAACAAGACAGUGGCGGUAGAAGCAAGCGGCGAUUGGUGCACAUAAAUAGCCAACCAAUCACAGUCAAGGCAGGAAAAAUAACAAGGAGAGACCUGGUGAAAGAGAGGAGCUAUGAAAAAGUGGGAAAGAGAGUGAAAUCACAGCAGCGCAGAGGAGAGAACCAGAAGCAGAGGAAGGAUGAGUGGAAGAGAGAGCACUGAUCGGUGAGGUCUCCAGAGAGGAGAGAAGAAGGAAAGGAGAUGAGCACAGAGAGGGGGGUGAGCAGCCAGCACUGAGAGCGUUUAUCAGCUCAGGCGGCCAUGCUCUGAGCCCUGGAGCAGCAGGGCUACGCAGACACUGCACAGGCCCAGCAUCAGGCCCACCUCCGUCAUCCGCUCCAGCCACAGACACCGGGGAAGAAAAGGAAGAAUCAGCACGCAUCACAAGCCAUGAGGACCUCCAGGAAGGGCAGCGUGGAGAUGCCGGCAUUUAUGCGGCAGCUGGUGAAAGAGACGGAGAAAAGGGUCAGCUCUUUCUUCAAAGGGGGCCGCGGAGGAGCCGCCGAGGGAGAUCAAGCGAGGGAUGGGGAGAGGGAGGAGGUCAUUCCCAGCCCCUACUUGGACCGGCCGGUCCUGGACAAGCUGACCGAGGAAGGCUGUGCCCGCUGGGGCCUUACCUACGCCCUGGGAAGCAUGCAGGGAUGGAGGGCCAACAUGGAGGACUUCCACAACUGUGUGCCACAGCUGGGUGGAGAGCUGGCCGACUGGAGCUUCUUCGCUGUGUUCGAUGGCCAUGCAGGCAGCAACGUGGCACAGUACUGCUCCCAGCACCUACUGGGUCAGAUCCUAACCACAGGUGGGAUAGGACCAGAGGACGACCCUGAAAGGGUCAAAGGAGCCUUGAUGGAGGGCUUCCUGCAGACGGACAAACACCUGCACGCUGCGGCGCGUCGAGAAGGCUGGGAGAGGGGCGGCACCACUGUGGUGGCUGCCCUCAUCUCGCCGUAUUACAUCUACUUCGCCAACUGUGGUGACUCCAGGGCCAUGUUGUGCCGGUCGGGCCAGGUUUGCUUCUCCACCGAAGACCACAAACCGUACAGUCCCCUGGAGAAGGAGCGCAUCGAAAGCGCAGGCGGCUCCGUGUCCAUCCAACGGAUCAACGGUUCCCUGGCGGUGUCCCGCGCCCUGGGGGACUUCAGCUACAAGGGGGCGGAGAACCGGACGCCCACCCAGCAGAUGGUGUCACCGGAGCCAGAGGUGUGUGUGGUGGAGCGCUCACCUGCAGAUGAGUUCCUGGUGCUGGCCUGUGACGGGGUGUGGGACAUCAUCAGCAACGAGGAGCUGUGUGCCUUCAUCCACAACCGGCUGAGCGUCUGCACCGACCUGAGGGACGUCUGCACCCAGGUCAUUGACCUCUGUCUCUAUAAGGGCAGCUUGGACAAUAUCAGCAUCAUCCUGCUGUGCUUCCCUGGAGCCCCCCAGCUGUCAGCAGAGGCAUUGCACCAGGAGGCCGAACUGGAGGACCUGCUGGAGUCCAAAGUAGUAGAGAUUUAUGAUGAGCUGUGCGUCCGAGGGGAAGAACCCGACCUGCUGUCCGUCCUCACCAUCCUCGCAUCCUCAGACAUCCCCGGAUUACCACCAGGAGGAGGCAUUCAGAGCAAGAACUGCAUUAUUUCUGCUUACUAUGAACAAAGAGACAACCACAAGCCCCUGCUACCAAAUGGAGGCUCUUGAGAAGCCGGGCUGGUCCCCGAGGAUCCAUGGAAGGACUGUAAUUCAUUUCAAUAUUAAAACUGUUUUCUUCAUGUGUGCACUUUGACAAAGAGGGAGAUGUUGAACUGACAGAAGUGUUGGUUUACAUCAUACUAGAAAACAGUAUCUUGGCAUAACAAAUACAAUGCAAAAUAGAUCUAAUUAAGCCUAAUACAUUUUAUAUUUAUACAAGCAGGACAUUUUGUAAAACCUACUCAGAGACAUGAUCCAGCUACAAACCUCUGCCUCAUAUUCAGUGAACAGAAAAUACAGAUGAGAAUUCUACUGUAAAACUGAAUAACUAGCUGUGAAAUUGUACAAUGUCGUUGUAUGAAAAUACAAAUGAGGAUAUGUAUGUAGAGUUGUGUUUUAAAGAGGAUGUAUAAGGAGGGUAAAUGGGUAAGUGCUAGCCAGAAGCUAACAUACGGCUAACAUAUAUCCAUCGGCUGCAACAUGGAGCGCUAGCGGUGCCAGCGGCGGGGGGGCAGGUGGGAGCGCACAAAUUUAGCUUUUCCUCAUAGCAAAAAGAGACAAAAAUAAAAACGAAUAUAAUGUUUAAUUGCUAUUUCAACGCAUACAAACACUUAUUCAAGAAAAAAAGUAAAUUUCUCUCAAAAUCUAAACCUUUAUUGAAAAGAAGUUUACUUCUAUGAUUUUUGUUUAUUUGAAACAUAUAGAAUUAGAUCCACUUUGCUUAAGUUACGUGAUAUGUUAGGAGUUAAUUGUUAAAAUCAUUUGAUAAAUUAUCAUCAAAAUAUCCAUACUGCAUGUAACGGUUGGAUUGUAGACUAUUUCAGAACUAAAAGUAUCAAUCAAAAUCAAUUUUAUGUGAAUAAGUUCUACAACUAUAUUUUUUGCAAGUCUUUCCAUUUUCGAAUAACCAUAUUUCUAAACAUUUUACCCAGUGUUUGUGGAAUGUUUUUUUUUCCAGAAGUUGGUUGAAAUGUACUGUGCUGCCUUAUUCAUUUUUUUAUAUAGUGAAGAUAAAACAAACAGCAUCAGAACGGUCCAGUUUUGGGAUGGGUCGUUUUAUCAGCGUCAUAUAUUGGAUCAUGGAUUCAUCAUGGAUUCAUCAUGGAUUCAUCAUCUCAGAAAUUUUGUGUGUAUAGAAAUGACAGGUUAAAAGUCAUUGCUGUUUUAAACACCAAAAAAUAAUAUUUAAUUGACAACUUGCAGUGUUUUUACCCAAAAUAAAUCCCUAAAACACCA